AUGGCCGUCGCUCUUGCGCGGGUUGUCUCGCCCAUGGAGAUCUCCUCAAAUUUUUGCUCCCUGGAGACAAUCCGAGAAGGGGGUCGUUUCGUCUGCACCAGGUACGACGACGGCAGAAUCAGGAAGAAGAAGCUGAGAUGGGGUCUGCCCACGCUUUAUGCGAACUCCAAGCUCGCCAGCGUGGGGCUUGAGGCGGAGUACAUGAGAAAUCUCCCGGUUUCAUCUAGUUUUGUCGCUAAUUCUGCGGGGGAGGUGGUGAUCCCAUCUGAGCAGAGGGUCUACGACGUCGUCCUCAAGCAGGCGGCUCUUGUGAAUGAGCUGAGGUCAAACAGGGCGGCGGCGGCUCUCGAGGAAAGAGCAGACGUGGUCCUCCCUGGGGCUCUGAGCCUGCUCAAUGAGGCAUACGAUCGAUGUGGAGAAGUCUGCGCAGAGUAUGCAAAGACGUUUUACUUGGGUAAGUUCUUACACAUAUCUGGCCUUGAAAUCUUCAUUCAUGGGUCGAGGAGAAUCUUAAUUAGGUGGGUUUUGUUCGUUUUCAGGAACACUGCUUAUGACCCCCGAGAGGAGAAGGGCUAUCUGGGCAAUCUAUGGUAAUUCCUCACAGCCCGUGAUUUAUCGCCUGUUCUUUCCUUUUAAGUCAAAACGAUAAAAUAAACUUAAUAAAAAAGGAAGAAUUUUUGUGUCUGCGAGUUUUGAUGCUGGCUGUCAUAGUUCAGCUGCUCCAGCGCUUUUUUUGCAAACGGAUUGGAUAUGAUCUUCCCCGAUGAUAAUAUAGGCUAGAAGAGAAGAAAUUGCCGAGGAUCUUCUGAUACCCAAUUGGAUUGGAUGAUGAUCGAAGUGAGGUGUCAGGUCGCCGAUCUUCAGAGAAGGCGCGUCCUUGCUCUUCUCCCCUGUUCUGUUUUCCCCUCCUUGGGAGCAUCCCUCGCUAAUCUUAAUAGAUGGGCAGAGGAACUCGGGUUUUUUUUUUUUUCUACAAUUUUUUUGUCAGGAUUAUCGAAUUUCAUGUUCUUAUCUGGCGUAAAGGUCAACUCUGUGAAUGGGGCUGACCCCCUUGUCUUCUCCAGUGUGGUGCAGACGGACGGACGAGCUCGUGGACGGGCCCAACGCCUCACACAUAACCCCGUCGGCCCUGGACAGGUGGGAGGCGAGGCUAGAGGAUGUAUUUGGGGGUCGCCCCUACGACAUGCUUGAUGCAGCCUUGUCGGAUACUGUCGGAAAGUUCCCCGUCGACAUUCAGGCAAGCUCCAAUUCUUCCCCCUCCUUCCCUCUCUCUCCUUCUUUAUCUCUCGUAGAUCUUCCCGGGGCAUUUCAGAAGGUCUUCUUAGACAGAUUAAACCUGUAUGGUUCAGCCUUUCAAGGACAUGAUCGAAGGAAUGCGGAUGGACCUCAAGAAAUCGAGAUACAAGAACUUCGACGAGCUCUACCUCUACUGCUACUACGUCGCCGGCACAGUCGGGCUGAUGAGCGUUCCCGUUAUGGGCAUCGCGCCCGAUUCGCAGGCCACGACGGAGAGCGUCUACAACGCUGCUCUGGCUCUGGGGAUCGCCAACCAGCUCACCAACAUACUUAGAGACGUCGGAGAAGAGUAAGAACGCAUUUUCUUAGCUUCCUCAGCAUCAGAAUCCUGAAGAAGUUCGGGUUUCAAGGGUUUAAUCUGAUGGUUGGUGUCUGCUCGUCCAGUGCACGCAGAGGAAGGGUUUAUUUGCCUCAAGACGAGCUCGCGCAGGCAGGUCUCUCCGACGAGGACAUCUUCGCGGGGAAGGUGACCGACAAGUGGAGAAACUUCAUGAGAAACCAGAUCAAGAGGGCAAGGCUGUUCUUCGAUCAGGCCGAGAGUGGUGUCACCCAGCUCAGCGAAGCCAGCCGGUGGCCUGUAAGUCCCAACGUCCCUCUUCCUUUCCUCUCUCCCCACUCUGUUUCCUUCUCUCUUGAUCGAAUGAACGCCCGCGCCUCUACCCUCUGAAGACGCCACCCUGCGGUGGCUGGAUGGGACAACAGCUCAUGUAGUUCUUCGGGAUCUGCUUUUUCAGGUGUGGGCUUCGCUGCUGCUUUACCGGAAGAUCUUGGACGAGAUUGAAGCGAACGACUACAACAACUUCACCAAGCGAGCCUACGUUAGCAAGGCGAAGAAGCUUCUGGCUCUCCCGGUUGCCUACGGUCGGUCCCUCAUCCGCCCGUCCAGAACGCCUCCGCCCACCUCCACAAAACCGUCGGGCUAG